UUCUUUGUUUAAAUAUUUCGGCAGAGAAGCAUGGUUUCUAGGUUAAGUAAUGAGAAGCCAAUCGUGUACGAGACUAAAGAGCAUCAUGUUCGUCCUGAUUCGAGCAAUACAGAUGAGCUUUCACUAGAACCAAUCGACCAUCUCAAGAUUUUUGAUCAUAUAAGAAAUAUCAAAGAUCCAGAGCGUCCUUCUUCGUUGGAACACCUUAAAGUACUUACAAAAGACUCAGUCGAAGUGGAUGAUGACAAGAGUUAUGUUAGGGUUACAUUCACUCCAACUAUGAAACUUUGUGGCAUGACUACCUUAAUCGGUCUUUGUGUCCGCGUGAAACUUAUGCGAAACCUUCCUGGGCGAUACAAAGUUGAUAUAAGAGUAGCACCAGGUACUCAUGUAACAGAGGCUGCAGUCAAUAAACAACUAAACGACAAAGAACGUGUGUCCGCUGCAUUAGAGAAUCCAUACAUCGUGGAGAUCGUCGAUGAAUGUCUUUCCCAUCAUUUAAAUGUUGCUUGAUGCCCUCAAGGUUCACUAUCGUGAUAUGUCUCUGCUUCUACCGCAAAGAUUUUCAUCAACUAGGACUUAUCUUGUGUUCAGUUUAUUGUUUCGAUCUAGACUUAGAACUUAUCCAUGGAAUGAUAAUUGAUAUGACCCUAUUAUUAGGCAUUUGCUUUCUUGGAAAGGAAACAACGAGAAGAAGAUUAAUAUUUUUGGAAAGGAUUAUUUCAAUUA